GUACAAUGAAUACCCAGAAAUUGUUGCUGUUUUUGGGGGACAAUGGCCAUAAAGUUUCUAAAAGUUAAGCUGCAGCUAAUCAAAACAACUGUAAAAUCGCAUUACAGCCACUGCAGACAGUGGGUUCUAAAUUUUACUGAAAGAGCACAGCCGUUGCAACAACUGGCUGAGAAGGCUCUGUAACCUCAAAACUACUCUUUUAUCUGCGCCCGCGCUAGGUUUGCCUGAUCAUUCUCGUCCAUUCACUUUGUUCGUGGACGAAAAGCAGGGAUUUAUGAAUUCAGUACUGACGCAACAACAUGGAGAUAAACAAAGACCGGUGACUUAUUUUUUCUAAAACAAAACUGGAUCCAGUGGCCGCAGCAUUUCCUCCGUGUCUUCGUGCUGUGGCUGCAACAACAGAAGCUGUAUUAGCAAGCACGGAUGUAGUUCUCAUGAAAUUUCUUCUGUCCUUUUCUUUUUUCUUGUGAGUUAAUAUUCUCUGUGACUGUAGCCUUUUUUCUGGGAAUGCGGUUUUGCUGUGGUAUCGUACCGUGUGGUUUCUCGAUAGUUGGAUUUGUCCUUGUUGUCGUAAUUGGAUCGCCACGGAAGUUUUUCUUCCUUGAUUGUCGCUGACUCAGUUCGCCAACGAAGUCUCCUUGAUCUGGAAACCGGCGCCGUUUAGCUGAGCAGGAUUGUGUUAACACCAGCUAACAUCAUGAGAGGCUGUUUUAUGUUUGUUUGUCCUGAAGAGUUGAACUUGCUUUUCUUCAGAGUCCAUUCGUUUCUGUUUCCUUUGCUGCAUUGUUUCCAAAUAUAGUGUAAAUAUAGAAUAAUACUGGGGUGAAGUGUGUUGAAAAUGCUUUGGGUGAUUUUGUAUGUUAUAGAGUGUAUUAAAAGGGAUCCCUAUGAGUAUCAGAAUGUACUCUGUACUUUGUCAAAUGCUACAAUUGAAAAAUGGAGCGCCCUCAACCAGUUACGCAGUGGUCCAAGGGGACCGCCUGCUGGAAGCAAAUCAAAUUUCAUAAAGCUAAGUGCACAAAACAGCUGAACUCGUAGCACUCACUUAAGCAUGUCAGCUGUCCGAAGGGAAGAUCGUAACAAUUUAUACAGAUUCCAGUCUUGCAGGUUUGCGAACCUCGUUGAAGGAAAUCCACCAGCAGGUUGAUCAAGCCUGGAGGACCAGCCCCCUUUCCAAGGAUUUACCAAUUCGUUUGGGCACCUGGAUCCUGGUUCGAGAUACUCGGAGGAAACACUGGCAUCAGCCUAGGUGGAGAGGACCAUUCCAAAUUCUUCUAUCCACACCACACGCCGUGAAAGUUGAGGGACUGCCUGCCUGGAUUCACGCCUCACAUUGCAAGAGAUGGCACCCUUGAUUGCUGUGCUACUAUGUUUUUCUUUUCCCUUGUCUACUGCCCUGGUCACCUUGACUUUCCCGUUGGGAAUCACCACAUCAGUGCAGUUUGAUUUCUGCUCUAUUAUCAACUGUGGGACUGGUCGACAAGCCCAGUGGACCGGAUCUGACAAAUACGUGUGUAUGAGGGGAAGUGACUGCGACAACUGGCAAUGGGUUUUUGCUAACACUGGAACUGAGGACUGGGGUUAUCAACCUUUUGAGGCCCAAAAAUACGGUUUGAAAAAUCGGUUUUCUAUCAUAAAAGGACAUGCCUCUCAUUGUAUGUGCUGACAACCAUUGUAACUCAGGUAUUUAUGUAUUAGGGGUAUAUGUAUCUGGAACAGACCCUUUAGGGAGAUUUCUAAUUAAGAUUGACAAUCCUGUUACUAACACCCCUCAUUCUCUGGCACACACACCCAUCUCCCCAACUUUUGGUUCAGAUUUUUCUCCUGUUAGGAUUAUGAAUAUUUCUACCCUUUCAUCCACUUUUUCAUUUGUCACCUUUCCCCCUAAUUGGUCUGGUACCUGUGCUCCAAUCCAAUUAGUUAUGCCUUUUAGACUUCUAUGCCUUUUAGACUUCUAUCCUUACCUCCCUCUCACUCCCCAUAUUAUUCCACACCUCCUUUUUUAUUUCCGACAUACCCGCUCCCUUUUCCAUACGCCUACUGAUAUCUCCUUACAUGGCCCUGGAGUAUACAUAGAUGCUAUUGGAGUCCCUAGGGGUGUCCCAGACAGAUUUAAAGCUAGGAAUCAAGUCGCAGCCGGUUUUGAAUCUAUCAUACCCCAAAUUACUAUUAAUAAGAAUGUAGACUGGAUUAAUUAUAACCAACAACGUUUCCUUAACUUCACCAAAGACGCUAUUGAAGGUAUACAUGAACAGCUUGAUCGUACUUCUCUGAUGACUUGGCAAAAUCGUCUAGCCUUGGACAUGUUACUUGCCGAAAAGGGAGGUGUUUGUGCUAUGUUUGGUGAUGCUUGUUGUACAUAUAUUCCAAAUAAUACCGCGCCAGAUGGAUCAAUAACUCGUGCAUUGGCAGGCCUCACUGCUCUCUCUAAAGAACUUUCCACUAAUUCUGGCAUUACAAAUCCCUGGGAUCAGUGGUUUGCAUCCUCCUUUGGGUCCUGGGGACAAUGGAUAAGAUCUGUUUUCAUUUCUUUGGUUGUGACAUUUUGUCUCCUCCUCCUGGUUGGUUGUUGUAUUAUCCCUUUGUUUCGCUAUAUAAUAUCUAAGUACUUUACCGCCUCUAUGGAAAGGGCAUAUGUGCUACAUGAUGAGCGCAUGUCUCGUAUAGCUUCUUCCAUUUUCUCUCCCCUUUCCCUUUCAUCAACCAUUUCAAAAUAGAAUUUAUAGGCCCACAUCAUUUUUGUUCAAAAAGGGAGGAGUGUGGAAACAAAAAAAGAUGUAAUUGAACAAAAUGUAUGUGUGUAUAGAAAAUAGGACAGAGUGAUGAAACUUGUUUGUGUUUGGCGUGCGUGACAAAAAGCAUGUAUACUUUCUGGAAGUUUCUUUUGAUGAUGUGUGUGACAAGAAAAUAUACCUUUAGGGUAAUGACUUUACAAAAACUGGAAAAGUACAAUGAGUCAGGAUGCUAUUUUUUGCUUACAUGGUCAACGAUCAGGAGAUUAGAAAGGUAUAAAAGAACAAGGACAUCUGCGCU